UUUUGUAUGUCUAAGUGAAAAUUGAGAAAAUAUAUGUUCUAAGGGACCUGAGGAGUGAACAUUCAUCUUUUCUUUGUAAACCUUUAUUGUAGGUUUUUCUAUCAUGGGGAUUGAAAGCAUAAAGGUCCAUAUUUGAGACCUGGGAGAAUUGUACCUGAGACUUUGUGUUUACCUAAUGGAGACUGAAUUAAGAAGAGAUGACUUUUAAGUGACAUUAAGGACAUGGUAUUAAUUGGCCUACUGUAUAGAUUUAUAUUAAAUUGGGUUCUGAGCAAGAGCUUUGAGAUUUGUGUUCAUGUAGUUUUCUUGCCUGAGCUUAUUUUACUACCCUAUAAUAUUUAGUGGACUACUUCUGCUCCUUUCCUUGUUGUGAAAAAAAAAAGUGCUAUUUUAACUGGCAAGAGUAAAUUAGUACACAAUCCUAAUUUACAUACUGCUUUGUGUUACUUGAGAAUCCCUCGAUAUUCCUUUGCAGAUCUAAACUAAAACAAAAUGUUCCUCAAACAUGACAUGCUGCUCUAACUUGGAAGAUGAAAUACCUGAUAUACUUAGGUUUCUAAGCCAGAAACCAUUCUUUCCAACUUGCUUGCAAAUUACUGAUUAGGAUAGCUAUGGCUAUUUAGAACACAUAGAAACUUUAAUUUUUUGUUUGUCUCACAUAUUGAAGUUUAUAGAUAAUCUUUCUUUUUCUUUGUGAUUUAAUGAGUUAAACAAAACAUAAAAGCUUGAUGUGGUUGAUCACCAAUGUAUCUUGGCAGUAAGAUUACAUUAAUGGUUAAUAUCGUUAAUGAAAUUUUUAUUUGUUCAUGUUGCUGUGUUCUUCAUUGUCCGUCAGACAUUUUUUUCUAGAAAUCUGAAAGAAAUAUCUCAGUGAAGAUUUUUAUAGUUAUAUAAUUUUUCUAACUCACCCAAAUUAUUUUUCCUUCAUUAAUGGUGUUGAAAUAUUGGAUGUGGGAAAUUCACUACAGCUAGUAUUAGAUUAUGUGGUAGUAUUUUGUUCAAUAAAAUAAGGUUGGUAUUUUAAAGUGUCAUUAUAUUUUUAUUAGUGUCUAAUGUAGUUUUAAUAUAAAUUGGUCAUGUCUGAUAUAAAUAUUUAAAACAUGACUAUUUAUUAUGUCUUCGAUUUAUUUGUAUAGUAAGGAAGUUAUUUUUACUCCCAGAGGUUGUCUCCCUCCCCCUUUCCUCAUCUAACACACAAUUUAUUGUACGUGAGGCCUGAUCCUAUGUUUAUUACAGGGAUUUGCAUAAGGACUACAGGAAACCAACACCAUUUUACUAUGUUCCCAUUGCAAGAAGUAAAAUGGUGCCUUUGAGGAAAGCUGCUUCAUCAGACACUAGUUCAGCAUGCCAAGUUAAAGCCAUCAAUGGUGAAACAGCAGAUGUGAAGGCUAGUUGGCAUGAAAGCAUAUGAGUCAAAGACUUUCCUAUGGGAAAGAAAGUGCUUCAUUACACUUUAUCUAUAGUGAGAACAUUAGGUUUAUCAAGCUGUCUGAAAAUUAGAAUAUGAUGAGUUUUAUUACUCUCGCUCUGCCAGAGUGAAUUCAAUGGUUAAAAAGAAAGCAAUAACACCAUUUUGGGAAUUAUAAGAAGUGAUUAGGGUUUUAGCAUAUUUAAACUUGGAAGGAGCAGCAACUUUUAUCUUCGAAAGUAGCCUCUCUAAAAUAUCUAAGGGACAGAAGUUUAAUCCUUCUCUAAUUGCUACAUUUGCAAUAUGUGUUAACACAGCUUUGGGCACUUUAACUGAAUAAAGAAGUUGUAUGUUUGACUGAAGUGUAAAAUCUGAGAAACAAUGUUUUAAUUGCCUUGGAAAAUAUGUGCAUGAGGCCCUGCCACUCCAGCAUAUACUAGUACACUACGGUUCUUUCCCUCCCUUGUUCUCCCUCCUCUACUCUGUGCAAGGACCAUUCCUGCUGUUUGUCAAGUCAGGUUGGCAGCUCAAACACUGUGUCCCAACUCAUCAGACUUAGGAGCGAGGGCCCCACAAGGAGUGAGAAAACUCAAAAGUCAGUUAAUACAGUGAUGUUGAGCUAGCAUGUCAAGAGCUGGGUAAUGGAUAAUAGUUGUCACUGCGAGAGUUUAUAGCCACUGGUUAGGCAACAUUCUGAAGGAAAUUCAAGAAGGACAUAUUUUGGAUGCAAAAAAUAGGCUGAGAAAAUAUUAUCCAAAAAUACCUUGACAUUCUAAAAAUUGCAGUGCUUUAUAUCUUACAUAAAACUAAAAUGACAAAUUCCAUUUCUUCUAUAUAAAUUGCUGAAUAGAAGCAUCAUUUGGUAUUUUUAAAACAAACAUACAAACAAAAAACCCCAGACUCUAAUUUGUUAAUGUUUUGAGGAAAUUAUACUUAUUGUGGCUGUGAAAUAUCUAUUGAUCGUUUUGGGGGUGGGGGGUGUUGCUGCUCUGACUUUUGAGUAUCAGCAAAGACAUAUUGUUCUCAUUUCUUAGAUAGCCCAUUAAUUACAAGGCAAAUAUCCUGAAAUUUGUACUUAAUUUAAAAUAUCCUUGGCAGUUUAAUGGUCUUGAUUUUCCACAUUAUUAUGCUGCCUUUUCAGGGAGAAGCUAUUCUUUUGUUGCAAAGGCAUUUUAGACUAAUUAGCAUCUUUGGUCAGCUGAAUUUUCAUUUGUUCAUUUAUUUUCCUGUCUCUUUCCAAAAGCCAAAUUAUUCUAAAAACAGUAAUAUCACUUUGUUGUUUGUUAUUAAGAGCUGAUUGAAGGUACCACAUACUAGUUAAGUUUUUUUUUCUUUCUUUAUGAAGCAAAAGGAGAUUUACUAUUAUUUGCUGCUACUUCCAUCUUCAAUGUUAGACUUUUAUUUAAAGAUAAUACUGUACUAUUUUACCCCUUGGGAGCAAGCAAGAUGUCAAGUGAUGCAUCCUUCUGAUGCUCAAUAAUCUUACCACUUUAUCAUGCAUAUUUGCAAGGAGGAAGCACAGUUUAUAAAUCAUCUCUGUUUAUUUUACAUUCUUCUCCUUAACUCCAGAUAUAUCAGGAAAAGGACAAAAUAAAUUUUGGUGCUUGUUCAUAAGUGUUGAUAACUGCAAAUUGAAUAUAAUAAAUUCCUCAAAAAUACUGCUUUAAGAAAUAAAACUUGGUUAAACAUUGAUGGUAAAUGUCUUAUUCUUAAAGAGAUCUUAUUCUGAGACAACUUGAAUCUUUAUUUUUAUGCUGUGAUAUUAGUGGCUGUGGCAGUGCCUAGAAUUGUUUAAUUGCCUAAUGCACAAAGGUGAACGCUUUUAUUGAUGUGUAUUCAGAGAAGUUCUUUAAUAAUUUUAUAAACAAAGAACUCUCCAGAUGA